CGCUCCGGGGUGGGGACGCGGAAACUGGGCCAUGGAAGAUACGUCGGGGGCUCGCGAGCCCCGCGCCCGACCGAGAGAGCGACCAGACCGGCACUCCCGCCCGGACCGAGACCUCCACCCCGAGCGACAGCGGGACAGGACACGGGAACCGGCGCAGGGAGAGAACGGGGGCGAGCACAGGGACGGGGACCGGGACAGGGGGAGGGACCGGGACCCCCGCCACGACAGACACAGGGUCGAAGACUUUCGCGCGGGUGAACAAAGAGUUUGGGAAAAGUCCCGCCAGAGCCGGACACGGGACGGACCCCGCAAGCCGACCUGGGACUCAGCCGCCCCCCCUGGCCCCGCGCCUUGGGAAACCACGGAGCCGUCGCUCCCGAGGAAGGAGCGCUUCGGGCACCGUGACCCGGCAAGUGAACUUACUUCAGGGAGAUACCUGCCCUCGAACACCAGGUCUGGACAAGAGGGAGUGGAAUAUUACCAGUCAGAGGCUGAAGGACUCCUGGAAUGCCAUAAAUGCAAAUACUUGUGCACUGGGAGAGGUGUGGUACAGAUAGUGGAGGUGAUACUGAAUGGGAUGGUUCUCAUGUGUAUCGUGGCCUCCUACUUUGUCCUUGCUGGAUUCAGUGCCAGCUUCACCAGUGGCGGCGGCUUUGGGAACAACUAUUACUCACCCUUUGAGGGCACCGAGCUGGAGCAGGUUCGGCAGCUGGACCAGCAGUACACAGUCCUCCGGGCACCCCUGAUAUAUGGCGGUGUGGCUGUUUCUCUGGGGCUGGGUGUCCUUACUAUGGGCGUUUUACUCCAAGGAGCCAAAAGUCUAACCAAACUGUCGGCGAAGUGGCUCCUGCUGGAGGCCGCCUUCAGCCUCCUGGCGGCAGUGAGCUACAGCGUAGGCAUUGGCACUUACCUCCACGUAGCCUUGCGGAUCAAUGCCACAGACACUUGCGGAGCCAGAGCGCGGCUCUAUGCCCGCAAGGGUCUCACCUGGAUGAACUGCCAGCUGGCAGGCACUGAUGGAGCAGCAGCCACCUUUGCUUGUCUUCUGGUGGUUACGUACGGUACCAGCGUAGUGCUGGCCCUGCGGAGCUACCGGGAACAGAAGCACUACAAAGACAGCCAAGCACAGAACAGAAAUUACAAUGACGCGCCUGAAUACCUGUGGUCAGGAACGCUCUGAGACUUCUUCUGGAACCUAAAUGGCAACCCACCUCCCAUUACACAACUACGGUCUUCACAUACUUGAUUUUACACAUGUUCCCUCUGGUACCAGUGCAAAGCUAGAUGAUCAUUUCAUUUUUUUAAUCAGUAAGUCUUUGUUGGCUGAGAGCUUGAAAAAGAUGUCUCCACCUUUGCAACAAAGAGCAACAUUGCAAGUCUGGGGAUGCCUUUACGGUGUGGCUCUCUUACCAGAUGGUAAGGUAAUCAUGAUAAUAGCUACAUAGCCAGAAAAAUUCUGAGAGAUGAGAAUUACACAUCCGGGGUAGCAGGUCCAGUGUUACAGUAGAAAUAUCUUCCUGUCAUAACUACUUAAGGUCACCAAAAGACGUGCCAUUGCCCCCCGUAUUUGGUCCCAGGGGAAUGAUUUUAAAGCAGCUGGAUGAUCGAGUUCUAAAUGAGUAAUUACAUUCUGACUCUCUUAGAAGGAAGCCACUCUGUUGGUACAGCAGUGUGCCCUGACUGCCUGGGUCCAACGGAGCGUUCCUUCCUUACAGAUGAGAGCCAGGAUUCCUGAUGCAUGAAGGGAGACGCUUUGAGAAUGAAUGUUCCUCCUCAGGAUUCCUGCAUUAGGGCUGAGAAAAAAGGGUUUUUCUGCCAGCGUCCAAGUUACUUUUUUGUUGCAAGCCAUUCAAUUGGAUUUCACUUUCCUAAAAUAUCUUAUGAUUUUCUUAAAUAUGAGGCUUCCAGAUAGAAACAAAAUUC